GCUCCGGCGGGUUCAGCACUGCGGACAGAGCCAUGGAAGCCGCCUCGGGCUCCCCGCCCCCGGAGCAGCCCCGAGCCCCGGGGCCCCGCCGCGGCCGCGCCGCCGCCGCCUCACCCAGAGACAAACACAAAGCAGGACCCUGCCAGACCUGCCUUGCCAUGCCAGAGAUCGGGAACAUCGAGCCCAGCUACAGUGGCACUUCCUGGGAAAGGAUCUGCCCAGUCCAUCACUGCCCAAUUCCUGCAUCCCCCAGGCUGGGGGCAGACCACCUGCCCUCCUCCAGCCACACACUUGGGCCAGUCUCCACCCAGUCCAACGGGCAGGUGCCAUCCAGCUCCCAGGAUGCACAACAGCACCACCCCUACUAUCCCUGCAACCAGCAGGAGCCGCGGGGAAGCUUUGGUCUGCCCUCGCUCCCAGGGCAUGGCGAGAGGCCCAUCCUGUGUUCCCACCUCUCCAGCAGUGAUCCCACAGCAGUGUCCCACCAAGAGGCCUCAGAGACCCCCUGGAAACAGUGGUCACCAGGACAGCGGCGGCCGCUGCAGCACCACGUUGUGACUGUCAGACAUGACAAAGCCUUCAGGAUGCCAAAAAGUUACUCUCAAAUGGUCGCAGAGUGGCCCGUGGCUGUGCUGGUGCUGUGCUCGGUGACAGCUGUGGUUUGCACCGUGGCUGCUCUGCUUGUUGGGAAGCUGCCUGACUUCUCAGAGCCCUUAAUGGGUUUCGAGCCCCGGGACACUGACAUUGGCAGGAAGCUGGUUGUCUGGAGGAACAUGGAGAGCCACACUGGCUACAAGAAGACUCUCUCCCUUUCUCCCUAUGCUGAGAAGAAAAGCUAUGAUGACAUUGGCAUCAGCAGAGGACAGAAGGCUGCUCAAGGAGAACAAGAAGUGAGGACACGGAGAAUGGUGGAGCAAACCUAUGGAGCAGAUGGCUUCUUUUGUGGCCCUCCAGAAAAGAGCUAUUCUCAGCUGGUGUUUAUGUCCACAACUGCUGGGAGCUUAUGGAACUUGCAAGCUAUCCAGUCCAUGUGCCAAAUGGAACAAGAGAAGAUACGCUCCCAUGUCCAUUUCAGAGACCUCUGCCAGCGUACUGAAGCCAACGAAUGCUGCCCAAGCUGGUCUCUGGGGAACUACAUUGCUGUCCUGUACAACAGAUCUUCAUGCCUGGAGAUAACCCAAGGAGACAUCUCCCACACCCUGGCUCUCCUUCGUGCCUGUGCUCCAGACUACCACAAAGGAAUCCUCACCCCCUCCUGCAUAGGUCCUGAGCCUGUGAGGCAGAAACACUCUCAGUGUGCCCAGGUCCCAGAGAAAUGUACCCACUUCAAUGCCAUCUACCAGCUUCUUCACUUCCUGGUCGACAGGGACUUUCUCAGUCCCCAGACGAUGGAGUACCAAGUGCCAUCUCUCAAGUACAGCCUGUUGUUUUUGCCUACCAGGAAAGGUGCAUCUAUGAUGGGGAUCUACCUAGACAAUCUUGAAUCCUGGGAUCUGUUUGAUAACUACACAUCAAUCACUGGAAUGGACCUGGGCCUUAAACAGAAACUCUUCCAGCACUACCUUCUGCUGGACACUAAGUAUCCAGUCCUGGCAAUAUUAGCUAUUUUUCUAGGCAUUUCUUUUUAUCUCCGUUCACUCUUUAUUACCCUGAUGGUCCUGCUUGCCCUUGUCAGUUCUUUAACCAUCUCCUACUUCUUGUACAAGGUGGCCUUCAGAUUCACCUACUUCCCUUUUGUAAACCUGACGGCAGUCAUCAUUCUCAGCAGCAUUUGUGCCAACCACGCCUUUGUCUUCUUCGACCUCUGGAACCUCAGCAAGAGCCAGAACCCUUCCGCUGGGCUCUCCCAGUGGGUGAGUCAAACCAUGCACCAUUUCGGGUACCUGACGUUGGCAUCUUGCUUCACCACGGGUGCUGCCUUCUACGCCAGCUACAUCAGCAGCAUAACAGCCAUCCGCUGCUUCGCUGUCUACAUGGGCACCUCGGUGCUGGUCAGCCUGGUGUUCAUGAUGACCUGGCUUCCUUCUUCAGCCGUGCUCUACGAGCGCUACGUAGCCACCACCUGCAUUUACAAGCCAGAAGACUACUGGAACAAGACUGGCCACAAGAGAGCUGCUCUCUCCCUCCAUUACAUUCUCAGGGGUCUCCAGAACAUGCUGUCUGAAACCUCCAAGCUGCUAUUUGAAAAGCUUCUGCCUUGUGGGGUCAUCAAGUUCCGGUACAUCUGGAUCUGCUGGUUCGCUGCCUUAGCCAUAGGAGGUGCCUACAUCUCCUGCUCCAGCCCCAGACUCAAGCUCCCCACUCUGGAGACGUCGUCUGUUCAGGUGUUUAGGCUGAGCCACCCCUUUGAAAGGUACGACUCUGAGUACUGCCAUCAGUUCAUGUUCCAGAGGCUGGAGCGUGGAGAAGGGCAGCGUAUGCCUGUCAUCAUGGUCUGGGGCAUCCUGCCUGUGGAUAAUGGGGACCACUUCAAUCCAAAAAGCAACAGCACCCUAGUGACAGACGUCACCUUCACCAUCCAAACCGCUGAUGCCCAGAAGUGGCUCCUCGAAUUCUGCCAAAAAGUGAAGAACAAAACUUUCUACUACCCUGACACAGAGCAGAAAUCCACUGUGUGCUUCAUGGAGGAGUUCCUCAGGUGGAUGGACAGCCGCCAGUGCUCCCAGCAAGACCACAGCUUCAACCUUUGCUGUAACCAGUUCUCUUUCCCUUAUGGAAGUGAAGUCUUCCUACACUGCAUAAAAAUGAUGCUCCUGGAACAGGACAGGGAAGGAGCAGAAAUGUAUGACCUAGGCCUCAGGUUUGACAGGGAGGGAAAUCUGGCUGCUUUGGUGCUGCAGUUCCAAACUGUUUACCACUACAGCUUCAACUACAGCAAAGCCAAACAAUUCUAUGAGGAAAUCAACCUCUGGCUAACAGAGGAAAUGAAAACUGCCCCCGUGGGGCUUCAGAAUGGGUGGUUCACCAGUAAACUAGAGCUGUACAACCUCCAGCACAGCCUCAGCACAGAAACGAUGGUGGUCAUGGGGCUCUCCAUAGCUGUUUCCUUCGUGGUGCUGCUGCUCACUACCUGGAAUGUUCUCCUGAGUGUCUUCUCUGUUACUGCCAUCGCAGGCACUGUCCUGGUAACCGUUGGCCUUUUGGUCCUCUUGGAGUGGCAGCUGAACGCGGUGGAGUCUCUCUUCAUUUCAGCUGCAGUUGGUCUUUCUGUUGACUUUACUGUCAACUACUGCAUCUCCUACCACCUGUGCCCCCACUCUGACUGCCUGAGCCGAGUGGCCUUUUCCCUGAAGCAGAUGAGCUGCGCCACGGCCAUGGCAGCUUCUGCUCUCUUCUCCGCAGGGGUCAUCAUGCUGCCCGCGACGGUGCUGGCCUAUCGGAAGCUGGGCAUAUUCAUCAUGAUGAUCAAGUGCAUCAGCUGUGGGUUUGCCAGCUUCUUCUUCCAGUCACUCUGCUGCUUCUUUGGCCCGGAGAAGAACUGUGGGCAGAUCCUCUGGCCUUGUGCCCACACCAUGAAGGACUAUUCUGAUGAGUCAGGGCUGAAUGGGAACUUCGCCUGUGGAGGGAGCGAGAAGCAAAACCGGUUGCGGAAGGUCCAGGAGUCCAACACCGCCAACGAGCAAUACGAGCUGCAGCCCUUGUCCAGAAAGCUCAGCGACAGCUUUGACAACAGCACGUCCACAAGCAAGCUGUCCAACCGGCUCUCGGAAGACACACAAGCUGAAGACAACAGAUGCCCCAGAACAGGAAUGCAUCCCUCCCUUCAGAGAGAGAGACAGAACCUGCAGGAGACCCCUGGAGACCAGCGGGUUGGCCUCUGCCGGUGUCCUGCCUUGCAAACUUCCUCUCCGUACAAGCACAGCAGCUCAGAGGCAGAAAUUCACAGGGAGAGACUCUGUGGAGAUUGUCACUGUUGGAAGUACAGUCCGAAAGCUUGGGAUGUGUCUGGGCUGGACCACGUCCAGCCAGAGGGUGCGAAAGAGGAAGAGCAGCUCAAUAAAUCCCAGUGCUCCAGUGACACUGCCCAGCAGCAGUCGGAUUAUACCUCAGAGAAUAGCCAUCUCCCUGCUGCUGACACCCACAAGAUUCACAGAUGCCUUUGUUCCCUUGGCAGCUCUUUUGACAUGCUCAACAUCUCCAGCGAGACGUCCAUCAGCGAUUUUGAGCAAGGCCUCAAGCUUGCUGAGUCAGCCAGCUCUUGUCCUGACGUCUUGGAGCUGUCUGAUUCCUACAGCCAGCCAGAGAGAGGCUACCUGAACGGGAAGAGAGAUACCCUGCGGCUGGACCUGAGGGAGACCGUCUUUGACGCCUCCCCAGCAGCAUCGCAGCAGAACAGCUCCUCGUGGAAGAAUCGCUUUGGCUUGGGGAGCGAAGGCCCAGUGGUGCUGCCCAACAGCCAGCCAGACAUGCCUGACGUCUGGAUCAAACGCUCCAGCGCACAAAGUUCUGGCUACAACAGCUGAAGCCCUGCGGAGGGCACAACUGUGCUGCUAGGGGAAGUUGAAA